AAACGUAAACAAGAGUGAAGCUGGAAGAAUGGAGGAAACCGAAGCAGAAACACAAAAAGAGACUGUAGAUAACGUUAACCCCGCUGUAAAACAGACCGGUAAAGCUACAGGAGAAGCUUCGUCACAGAUGUCAGAGCCCGGGGCAGUCGGUGAGCCGGAGGCUCGGUGGAGCAGGAUAAAGCUGUUCGACAAAGUGAUGCAGAAGAGCCUGGAUAAGUUCAUCGGCCAAGCCAGUUUUAACACAUUUGCCAGAACGUUUCGUCCACUGUACAAGAACAACCCCCAGAGGAUGGAGAGCAUUCACAGGCAGUUCAUAGAGGAGUUGCGGAGGAUUAUACAGGAGGACAUCAGCAGGUUGACUGAAGAAGGCCAGUUAGAGUCUAAACUGAAUGAGUUGGACAAACUGGAGAGUGCUGCCAAGAACAAUCUCGACCCUGCAUGGCGACCCAGUGGGAUUCCUGAGCAAGACUUUUGCAGCUUUUUGAAGCCAUACUAUAAAAAGCAGGAGGCCUACAUGCGACUGGAGCUGAAAAAGAUCCAAGCGGAGAAUGCUGCCCUUGCGCAGAAGGUUCAGGCUGGCAGAGAAAGUAUUGCUCAGACUGAACAUUGUAUUUCAACCACUGUUGAUGAGUGGAAGGCAUCUGUCACAGAGUUUGAACGGAUGAAGUCAAAUCUCUGCCCCUCUGGUGUCAAUGAUUCUGGUUACUCUGAUGUGUGAUCUUCGAGUUCAAGUUAUUUUACCUGCAGAUAUAUGGACUAAAUUUUUAAAACUUUUUUUAAAAAAAAAUGUAAAAAACUCCAAAAAACAAUGCUGCUAGAGGCAGCUAGAUCCUGUGUGUUACUUUUGUUGUCAGACACUUAAAAUCACAACCGUAGCCUGUCAGUGGCAAUAAACACUAUUGCAGCUUGUUCCACUGCUACUGGCUGCACAGCUCUCACUCAAUACUGGACCAAUUCCAAAAAUGUUUGUCCCCAUUGUAAAAUGGGUUACAGAUUAAUAAA